UUGACUUUAUAGCCCGUCUUGCUUAAUCCUAGAUCAAGUUUUAAGUUUAACAGCUUCAUUUGGAUUAAGUGACCCUUUUUAUCUCUGUCACUUAGACUAUCUUUAAAAAAAACCCAUCCCUAUAAUCUUAAUUCAAAGAUAACUCAACAAACGAGGCCUUCCUCUUCAACUUCAAGAAAGCAUUUAAGUUUAUGUGUGUAAGUUAAAUGUUGAAGCUAAGUGUUGAUUAAUCUCGUGGAAGUGGUCUUAACUUAAACGAAAAUAGUAUUUGUUAUUAUUUUUUCAAACAGAUAAACUGAAAAUGAAGUUCAUAAACAAACCAUUCAGCUUUGAUAUCGGUGUAUUUACAAGUUGUUUUAUGUUUUGGUCUAGCAUUUAUUGUUUCAUAGUACUGUUCUUCGAAACUAUUUCAUUGAGUGUAUUUUCUGGUGUUUUGUUGACAAUAAUUGUACUCCUAACCUAUGGGACCCUCUGGUCUGUUGCUGUGCCUCAACCUGAUCCAGCACUAGUCAAAGAAAUUUUAGGAAGCGAUCCAAAACUGAUGAGAUUUAGAAAAUCUAACUCAAGUUUGUCUGGAGAAGAAGAGCAAGUUGAAGAUGACAAAGAGUACUUCACAGUAAUAGGUCACAGAGGGGCUGGACUUGAUGCACCAGAGAAUAGUUUGUCGGCAAUAAGACAGUGUCAUGACAAAGGAUGUAAAGCAGUCGAGUUUGACUUAGUUCUGACAGCUGAUGGCGUACCAGUGCUGUUCCAUGAUGACACUGUAGACAGGAUUACUAACUCAUCCGGAGUUGUUCAACAGAUGACAUGGGAUCAAUUAAGAGCUCUUGACAUAUCAGAGAAGCAUCCAUUGCAGGAGAGAUUCAUUGGUGAGAGAGUCCCGUUGUUUAGUGAUGUGAUCAAGCUAUGUCUAGAGCUUGACAUGAGAAUGAUCAUUGAUGUGAAGGAUGAGAGUACAAAGACUGUGGAAGUAAUACUGGCUGCAUUCAAAGAACACCCAAAGCUUUACAAACGAGCAAUAGUUUCAGGCUUCAAUCCUUUUCUCAUUUAUAUGGUCCGUUCAAAGGACCCAGGCAUUGUGUGUUCGUUGGCGUGGCGGCCAUACUACUACUCUUUGAGCAGCUACGGCCGAGACGUGGCCUCGGUGCGGCGCCACUCUGGCGUGCUGGCGCAUGUUGUAGCCUGUGCUGCCGAUGUACUCGGCACCUGGUUGUUGACUCAUGUCGGCUAUCACACUCUUGGACUGUCAGCUGUUUUGUUGCACAAAGACGUUAUUACUUCGGACCUGAUAGCUGCCUGGGAGAAGAAGAAGGUACGUGUGAUUGCGUGGACAGUAAACAGACCCCAGGAGAAGGUGUUUUUCAGACAUAUUCUACAGGUCGCGUACAUCACUGAUACUUUGGUUAGUGAGACCACGCUGCAAUGAUUGAGGCAUCUUAACUUGGGAAAAUAAUAACCAGCAUUUUUAACACAUUAGUCAUGUAGGAAAUAUUUUAUCACAAAGUACAACUCAACCUAUGUGGAUAAAACUUACAUUGGUAGUUGAAUCAAUGCAAGAUACAGUAGACGCUCACUAAUCUGACAUGUUCGUGACUUUGGCUGUACCUACUAGAUUAUUGUAAAUGCCGGAUUACUGAACGCCUUCUAAAUCUAGCCAUUAUUGCUACUCCUGAUGUCUGCCUAUCGCUCCCGACUCUCUCAAACGAUAAUAUGGUUUAAAACAGCUUUCAAAAAAAGUUUAGAUCUUUACACUGAUAACGGAUUGUUGAAAGUGUUGGACAAUCGGAUGCUGGAUCAGCAGACAUUUACUGUACUAUAGAACCGUGGCAGCUACGACAGAGUUAAAAUCCUGGUUUCACAAUUUACUUUUAAAUGUAAUGUUCACUAUCGUACUGAACUGGAUCAGCUUUAUGUUGCUUUUUUCCUAGCAUACUCAGGGAUCCAACCCAUUGUCGGAUUUGAGAGGUGAAAGAGAUCAGAUAUGUCAGGUUAUAAAUAUUAAAAUAUUAAAUGCACUUUUCAGGAUGAUUAUUAUUGCUAGGAAUAUUUGUAUUAAGAGAUGAUUUUUUAGAUUUUAUAGAAACAAAGGAUGAUAGUUAAUCACAGCUAAGCCGAAGGCAAUUAAUUUCUGUUUUUGUGAGCAAAACUGAUAAACAUUGCAUCAGUAAGAAUCUGUAAUACACCUCUAAUAUUGGCAACAAUUAAUGUUAAUAUUUAUCAAUUAAGUUUUGUUGUCAGCAGUUACAUAUUUUUGGUUUUCUUCAAAAACAUUUUAUACUUUUAUUAUUGUAAUUUAUGAAUAGUGAUUGACUUAUGAAGUAUUACUGUGCACAUUUGCUUUUGUUUUUGUGCAAAAGAAUAUUGAGUGAUUAUGUUCAUGGUUACAACAGUGAAGUGAUCAGUGUAAAUGCUUACAUAAUUUAGCCACUAUGAGUUACUGUAGUUGUACAUUAAUUCAGCCAUAAUUGGUAUCAGAUGUUACAUUUUUUACAUCAAGCAUAACAAUGGGUUGACAUUUUUAGGUCACAUGCUUUUUACCAACUAGGUAUAGUAAUUGUUUUAAAUCUUUAUUAAAAUAUGCCGAGACUGACAUGACUCGGCAUAUUUUCUUAAAAAUACACUGAAUUAUGGUAAAAAACUAUUUGAAUAUUUGUUUAUCCGAGUGGCGUCUGGUCCCAAUUUAUUCGGAAGAUUGGAUUUCUACUGUAGGCUGCUUUAAUUGAACCAUUAACAGUGUACUUCGUGGGACUUCUUUAAAAUACUGAUUUCUUUCCACCCCUUUUUUAUAAUACCAAACUAGAAUAUUAGUUCAAUAAUAAACUGCAGCGCCUUUCAUAUCCCCAUUAAGUAUCUGAGAAACUAAAUAAAAAUGAAUUUCAGUUGUACUGUACCAGACUCUAUGAGAGAGGUUCACUGAACUAUGUUUUUCGGCAAAAACAAAACUGGCGACCAAUAAAUACAAAUGGGAUGUCUACUUCAGUAUCCAAAGCCAAUGUUUGCAUGCUCUUAUAUUUUAAUUUUAGUGAUUUGUUGCCAAAGUGUAAUGGAGGCAGUUUUUUUGCAGCUGAUCUAGUUUUAUGUUUUAUUUAUUAUGCAUAUCACUUAGAAUAUUAAGUAGGUUGUAUGUUAGUUGUUUUCAAAAUGGUUUUAUUCUUAGUUUUGUAUGUGUGUUUGUUGAGUUUCUUAUUUUAAUACUAAACAUCCACUUUAGCAGCUUUGGAUAUUUGCUAACAUUUUAAAAUUUGUAAGCUCAAGAAAUUUUUAUCAGGACUGACCUCAGUUUGAUUUCCUCCAACGCAUUAGUUGCCUUAAGAACAAGCAAUUUAAAUUUACAUAAUUCUUUUUUAGAUAGUUAAUUCGUGCAAAAUUCUACUCAUGUCAUGGUGAAAAUUCAAACACUGUGUAGACUAGUUUUAUUAUCAUUCAUAAAAAGCAAAUGACAAGUCAUUUUAUUGAUAGGUACCGAAAAAAAAUAUUUCUGGCUGUCAGUAUUGCAGUGAGAUUUAUUUUGGUACUUGUAUACCUAAGAUGUUAAAUUGUGUGGCUUUAGAAUGUAAAAAAAAACUUUUUAAAGAUUUUAGUACAAGUUUGUAUUCAAUGUAAAGGCUAACUAAUUUAGGUCUAGUACAUUUUGUUUUAUUAUCCAGUGUGCCAGUUUUAGUAAUUCACUUUGAAAGUACAUUAUAUUUGGUGUUAAACAUACUAUUUAUGAUGCAUUCUUGACAUUGAGUUCUUUUGUACAAUUAUUUUAUUAUUUAUAUUUGUUGCAUUUUGUUUAUAUAAAUGUAUAGUUCGCUUGAACUGCAAGAAUGUAUAGACAGUUCCAUAUCUAUUAUUAGUUUAAAGUUAUAAUCAAACUGCACAAAUCUAUAAAGGCUGUAUUUGAUAUAAGAUUAUUUAAUUAGCGAAUUUCCCUAAACAGCUUUUACCGUAGGUGGCACGGUGAGACCUAGGCCCGGGACCGAUUUACUUUUUAAUUUUGAUGUCCCCAGAUGGCAAAAACGCAAACCGUUCAAAAUGUUAUAUACAUACAUAUAUAGAUUUAAAUAUAUGUGUCCGUGAAUGCAAGUUGAGUAAUUUUUGUCCGAUUUUGAUAAAAUUUUAUUUAAAAUUGUAAGGCGGGAUAAACUUGAAUGAGUUCGCAAACCAGCAUGAUCAGACCAUGGAAUGGGGUUUUAUGGGGUAAAAAUUGGUUUUUCUAAUUUUUACCCUCAAAACACAAAAUUCCCCAAUUUCUCUCUAAACCAUUAUAAAGAGCUUAAAAAAUGUAGUAUAUUAAACUAAUAGAGUUUCUAUACGGUUAUUUGGUACGGAGGAAAUGAAAAAAAAUUUAAAUUUAAAAUUCUUAUGUUAUUCUUGUAGAGAAUAUUGUAAAAUGUUGUAGUUUCCUUGUUUAUGGAUAUAUUUUUAUCAAACGUGGAACUGUAUUCUUUUUAAUAUAUGUCACUUACUUUCAGUUUGUUCGCAAAUAAUAAUGUAAUAAUUAUAAUUAUAUGGUACAGUUUUACAUCAAGUGUUUACAUUUAUUUUAACUGAUAACCAGUUUAUUCCAAGAUUUUUUGUUUUAUUUGAGUAGGCCUACUACAUAAAAAAAACUGUAUUUUAUUAAUUUUGAUGAUGAGACUGCAAAUCAUAAUUCUGGAUUGUGACAGACUUGGGGCUAAGAGAAUAGCCCUGUUUGGUCAAAAGCAGCCAGAUGAUGAUGAACCAGACACUAAUAUCUUGGACAAAAGCUCCUGCCCCUUGUUGAAGGAUGUAGUUGUAGGUAUAUGCUUGCCAAGUUAGUAGCAAGUGGGACAAGUUGACAUGCCGGGACCAAGGGUAUGCCCCUUCAUACAAUACAAUAUCUUGAUGAUUGUUCAUAUUAUUAUUAUUGAUUCUGUUGUGUGUUGAACUUUGGUGUGUUGAUGAAAUUUAUUCAGGUUACAGUUUGGAAUCUCUCUUCAAAAUUUUAAUCCACAAGGAAACUCAGUGCUUUAUGUUGAGAAAGAUAAAAAUUACAAUUGGUGCAAAGCUAAGCUUAGAUACUUAUAAGCUUAUCAGAGCAAAAAUAAUCUACUGUCAUCAAUCACAAUCACUUGUUUGUAAUGAAUUAUAUAAAGUUAUUACUUCUAUAUGCUAUGCUUACAAUUUGUUGUCAAUGUAGAUCUACAAAAAACAGUAAGGUAAGAUGUGGAGUUUUUAUGAACUCAUGUAAUAGAAUUAGCUCACAGAUAAAAUAUAUAGACGUUUGUUGGCUUUGUCACACUUACCGUAUAUUUUAUGGUAUGGUGGGAGCGUAAAGUAAUUUAGUCUUACAUUAUGUCCAACAGCUCAGGGACUAGAAACAUGUAUUUUAGUUGAAACUACAACUUGUAAUCAAUCCCAUUCAACUUGAGUUAGAAACACGUCAAUGAUUAACUCCUGUAAACUCUCUCCACCCCAACCUUUCACUAAAAACUAUGUUACAGUCUAAUGGAAAAUCAAAGUUUUUCCAUGAGAUACGUUGGUAUCAUCACUACAUACCCACUGUUUGCUUGGUAUCCAGACAAUAAAGCAUCAUUUUAAGUUCAUUUUUGGUGAUGGAGGAUUUGCAUUAUCUUGUCUUACAGAUCACUACAGGACAUUCUCUAUCACGAUUAGUAAAAAAAGUUUUCUACACUGUGAUGAAAAAUUUCCGCAUAACCUGUUAGAUAAGUCAAGAAUAUUGCGAUAUAGGUCAUGUAGACAAGCUAGUGAUGACUCAGUGAUUAGAUAGUAUAAUUGGGCCAAUUACGUUCUCACAAAUCCCACCUUGUGAAAUAUAGUGUACAUAUUUUGAUGUAUUUAUCUGUGCCAUUUACAAAUAAAUUGAUUUUAAGAAAUGAGA